AACAUAACAUAUUAACAUGAUAUAAAAUAAUUGAAUAAAUGAAGAUUUGUGUAAUUGUAUAUAAUCCGAUGUCUGAAAAUAAAGUGACGAAAUACCAACUUGAUAUAAAACGAAACCAGCUAAUCGGUCAAAAACUCUUUAAACCCAAUUUCUACUCGAUCCAUUUUUUUUUUCACCAACCUAUACUGACCUGCUAAUGAAAUGGAAAUACUAGUCCCAACUUGAUAUAAAACAAAACACGCUAACUGGUCAAAACCACUUUUUAGAACUCAAUUUCAACCCGAAUCAAACCGAAUUUAUCUAGUUUGCUAAAGAAAUGAACCUUUUCAACCCGAUCCAAUUUAACCGAUUACCAAACUAACCCGAAUGAUUUUAGCACCAAACCGAGUAUAAACCGAACCGAUAUGAAUCGAACUAGCAUUAACUAGGGUAAACCCGCCCCUGAACCGACCCGUUUCAAAAUAAUUCGUUCAUGACCCGAACCGAUAUGAACCUGAACCGACGUUGACCCGGUAAAACUGCCCCUGAACCGACCUGUUUCAAACCGAUCCGAUUAUGAACCGAAUCGUUUAAAAACUGAACCAGCAUUAACCCGAGUAAACCCGCCCCUGAACUGACCCGUGUCUAACCGAUCUGAUUAUGACCCGAACUGUUUAUAAACCGAAUCGUUUAUGACCUGAACCGAAUUUAAACCGUACAAAAAUAAACCGAAACCGAAACGACCUGUGACUAAUCAGAACCGAACUGAACCGACCCGCCGUUUAAAUAAAACUGUUUCAACCCGAACCGUUUCAAACCGAAACCAUUUCAAACCGAAGUCAAACCGAACUGCCAAACCGAUGUCCCACCCCUAGCCAUUUGGUAUCCAAGAAGUGGUGCAUGACAUGAACUACGCCUAUCAUCGCUUCCAUCUCUUUACAACUUCCUCUGUUCGCUACACUUCUCUCAAUUUCAAUUUCCAAAAUUAUCAACUCACUCCAACCAGGAUUGUAGUUUGCAGUGAAAGGAAGUUUUCAAUGGAGGGUAUUGAAACUGAGAAUAUGGUGGUGGGUGACACUCUUUCACUUCAGAAGAAGAUUGCUGCAAUUCGUGCUGCUGGACCUUCCAAGCUUCAGGUGAUUGCUGAUUUUGAUGCCACAUUAACAAAAUAUAACAUCAAUGGCCAAAGGGGGCAAACCAGUCAUGGACUUCUACAGCAGGGGAAUCCAGAGUAUGAUAGAAAGAGACAGGAGCUAUAUGACCAUUACCGUCCAAUAGAAAUUUGUCCAGAAAUUCCAAUCAAGGAGAAAACAAAGCUUAUGGAAGAGUGGUGGGGAAAGACACAUGGUCUUCUUGUUGAGGGAGGUCUCACAUUUGAUGAUAUAAGAAAGUCUGUUGCUAAUGCCAGAAUGGCAUUUCGAGAGGGUGUAAUUGAACUGUUUCAGAUUUUAGAGGAAAAAAAUGUUCCUAUCCUAAUAUUCUCUGCUGGACUUGCAGAUAUCAUAGAGGAGGUCCUCAGGCAGAGAAUUCAGAGAUCUUUUAAAAACAUUGAGAUCGUAUCUAACCGGAUGGUCUUUGAUAACGAAGGGAACCUAUCAGCUUUUAAAGGAAAAACUAUUCAUGUCUUGAUUAAGAAUGAACAUGCCCUUGAUAUGGCGGAACCUUUACAUGAUAAAGUGGGAGCUGUGGAUGGGCCUGAUAUUGAUUAUGUUGCCAUGAAACAGAGAACCAACGUUCUACUUCUUGGAGACCACAUUGGAGACUUGGGAAUGUCAGAUGGUCUUGAUUAUGAAACACGAAUAUCAGUGGGUUUUUUGAAUGACAAGGUCAAUGAAUCUCUUGAGAGUUACAAAAAAGCCUUUGAUGUUGUGUUUUUGAAUGAUGCCCCGAUGUCGGGAGUUAUCAACCUUCUUUCUCAGCUAAUCAAAGAUGGAUAGAUUGACUUACAUGCCUUGUAUUCUUUUCACAUCAAUUCCUAAAGUCAACAUUCUGUGCGUAUUGAAAAUACAACGUACGUUGGGAAUUAUAGUUUAAGAGACUAAAUAAACUACUGCUAGCAUUUUUCAACUGGGUAUAUGAUCGUCAGAUUGAGCCAUGAUCUUAGCCAAGUAUUUUACGCUUUGGUAAUCAUGAUUAUUGUUUAUUCAUGUUGACAUAAUUGUUAGAAUAAUUUAUUGUUGUAGAAAUUUGUCUUCUUAAUCUUAAUAACCACCACAUAUUUUCAUCAUUAUUAAUUUUCUUUUUUCUUAUAUUAAUUAAUGUCUACUCUAGCUAUUAGU